AUGCCUGUGAUGGACGAGUUCAAGGAAUUACAGGAAGGAGAGAUUGAGGUCCUUCGGUGUAAGAUAUCAUACCUGCGUAGCCUGUGUCGGAGCCCUGGGACACGUGUUGAGGCUGAUCACGGCCUACGACCACGGGGUGUAUGCGUAGCUAUCUAUGGCGAUGAUUUCGAAAGUGUCGAGACGAGGACGGCUUGGAAGGCAAGGUUGCACGACUCACUCUGGAAGGGUAUGCAAUUGCUGAUGUAUGUGGUCACCUCUUCCCCUUUCAGUCCGUCAACGCCGCGCACGAAUUCCGAGUCCGAGUUCGUCCGGUCGAAGAACCGUUGAAGGAGAUCGUCAACGUCAAGAUCCAUUUCAAGUGCGUCGUCGGCCCAGGCUCACAGAGAUCUCUUCUGGGGAGAUCACACUACGUGAGGCGAUCAAAGCUGACAUUUCCACGUCAUUUUAACAAUUGCAUAGACUUCCUCUCAAGUACCCGAAGCAGGCUCCGACUUUUACACUCGAUGAACCGGUCGGACUCGAGACGAAUCAUCUCAAUGCUUUGGUCCGUGCAGCUUCAUUUUACUGUACGAGAGGGAUGAAAGCUCAUCCUAAGAAUACACACUGCGGACAGCGCACCUUGUUGCAAAGAGAAUCGACGACGACUUUGCUAGGUUCGGAGAUGAUUUACGAACUGUGCUCGAUCGCGGCGACAUUUAUUACGGAUCGACAUACGGAUAUGAACAAGAACAGCUUGGAGGACCAAAGGAAGCAACGAUCUCAAGAGGAAGAGAAGGUGGGUGUGUUACGAGGGUGAUGUUUCAUUGGUCCCACCAACCGACUGAGCAUCUCGCUCUCUACUCGUAGGCGAAUCGGGAAGCUCUCGAACGAGCCGAGGCGCAAAAGCAGCGCGAGCAAGCCGCGGAAGCCGCCCGUAUGGCCCAACUCAUCUCGGGCGACGUCAAGCGCAAAGAAGAACUUCGAGCCGAGCGGGAUAGGCAGGAGAAGUUGAAGGAGAGGGAAGGGCUUGAGGGGGAGAGCUUGCAGGUUGGGGAAGGUGGGGAGAGGAAGGUCAAGAUGUUGAUCAGUACGGAUGGGCAUGGAACGAAGGAGGUUGUGGCUAAGCUUGGGAUGCCUUCGGGCACUGGUAAGUGCGGCGUGCUGCUUGUUCCUCGCUUCAAGUUCGGAUGCUUACUUGGGACACGUGUGCAGACUGGAUUGGACGGAUGCUGCCGGUCGAGCUCAUGAUGGGCAUGGAAGCGGCGCUCAGUGCGAAUGCCUACGUCAUCGAUGUUCUUGGGCCCUACUACCUCACUCCGCAGGGUAUGUAUGGAACCGUGAGGCUCUCGCUCGGAGCAUCUUCCCCCUGAUUCUCACCCUAUCUCAUCCUAAAGGCAAGCGGAAACUAUCUAAAGUGGACACGGAUCUGACUCGAGCUCGGGCCCUGCGGCAUCCCAACAUACUCUCUCUCUAUGGCUCCGUCUUGGCUCGCUACACGCCCUCUUUCUUCCCAGAUAAUCCGAGCUCGCAACCACUACUUCGGACCACAGCUGGGUGGUCCCUCAUCGUCUUGCACGAGCAGGUGCCAACCGCGGCCCAAACGCUCGAAUAUCUCUUGGCAACGGUCGGCGAACUAAAGCUCGAAAAGGCCAUCACGUGUCUCCAGCAGCUCGUAGCGGCCGUCGAGUACCUACACCUCUCGAACGUGACCCAUCGAUCGAUACGACCUAAGGCGAUCUGGGUUUGCAAUGAGCGAUCACCUGUAGGGAACAGCACCGUUUCGAUCAAAUUGGGGGAUGUAGCUUGGUUCCAGCGCAUCAUCGAUUUGAACAAGGCCGAACCGUGGGUUGCUGCGCCGAGUCAGGAUGAUUUGCCGGAAUCUUGGAUGUGCCCCGAGGUCGUGGAUGAUCCGUUCGCGUACGAUCGGUCACGAGAUAUGUGAGUGCUCGGCCUCGCAUGACCAGGCUCUACGUGUACCACAGCUGACAUUGCUUGCUUCGGUACUACCACCAGGUGGGAUGUCGGCAUCGUGUUUGCCCACAUGGUCUUUGGUACCGACGUCCACCGUCGAUACGCAUCGCCUGCCGACCUUUUGCAAAGUAUCCCUCGCAACUCGCCACCAGUGCUGCGCAAGGUCCUCUCCGACCUACUCUUGACCGAGGCCAAGAAGCGUCCGACGGCAGCGCGACUGUCAGCUCAGCUGCUCGAACUAAGUAGCAAUGGGGGUGCCCACGAUAGCGGCGUCUCCCUCCCCCCGAUGAUCCUCUCGACAACUCCAACGAACAACGUUGCUGCGUGGCCGAACAAGGCUCGAGGGCCCGGCACGCCCAUGUUCUCGCCUGGUGUCGGCUCGAAAGAGAGCCAGAUGGCCGAGUCGUCCCAAGUCGGCUUCUUCUGGCAACCUCGUCCUACCGGAUCGCGGUACCGUAGCGAGUUUGAGGAACUCGAGUUCCUCGGCCGUGGGGGUGGGGGUCAAGUCGUCAAAGCGCGCAACCGACUCGAUGGUCAUCUCUACGCAGUCAAGAAGAUCCGACUGCCAACGGACAAACAGGCCGAGAUCAAGAUUCUGCGAGAGGUGACGAUCUGGUCGCGCAUGAACCAUCCCAACAUCGUUCGGUAUCAUACUGCUUGGACGGAGACGGAAGAUGUCUCGCAGUCGAGCUACGUCAUUGAUGGGGAAGGGUCGACGCAACCAACUGUUGAUACCUCGGCGCCUUCAACGGAGUCGGUUUCGACGGCCAACGAAGCGACCGGUGAUUCGGACUCGGACAACGACUCGGGUCCUGUCGACUUUGACUCCGAUGACUCCGAUGCCGCCGCGACACCGGGACAUGAUCUGGAUAUCGAUCUGGGGCUGGAUGAUCUCGACGAUGUCGACUUCCUUUCCGCCGGUCACUCGAAGAGCGUCUCUUACCCGAGCAUCCACUUCGGCAACGAAGACGAUGUUUCGACGGAUGGUCGGAUCAGUCCUGCCGUCUCUCGGCAUUCAAAGCAUUCCACGAGGUACAACUCGCCUGCAAUACCUGCGACGCCGAAGCAAACUCGCACGCUGUACAUUCAGAUGGAGUACGUCGAGAAGCUCACCUUGCGGGAAGCGAUUGAAGAAGGCCUUUCCGAAAUUGCCUCUUGGCGAUUCAUGAACCAGAUCUUGAGCGCCAUGUUGCAUUUCACUUCGCUCAACAUUAUUCAUCGAGAUCUCAAACCAUCCAACAUCUUCAUCGACGGCAAGGAGGAUGUCAGAAUCGGUGACUUUGGUUUGGCGGUCAAUCAGGGUGGGGUGUCGGAUCCGACAGAUGGGUUGCUCAGUAUGGAUUCGUCGAUGGACGAGUCGGACUUCACUUCGGGUGUCGGGACGUCGUUGUACAUCGCGCCAGAGACGCUGUCCAAGACGCGCACGGAGCGGUCCAUCAAAUACUCGAACAAGAUUGAUAGUGAGUUCCGCGAGGAUGUGAGACGACAUGUGUUGAGAUAGUCACUCACUUUUCAUCGCGAGCCCACAGUGUAUUCGCUUGGGGUAGUGUUCUUCGAGAUGUUCCAUGGACCGUUCAAGACGGGCAUGGAACGGAUCCACGUUCUUCGCGGACUGCGGGAACCAGAGAUCCGGUUCCCUUCGUCAUGGGAUAUGGUGCGACUCGCUCGACAUACCAAGAUCGUCCAAACGUGCUUGCAGCACGAUCCCGAAAAGCGAGCAUCGCCUAAAGAUCUGCUCGCAUCGGAUCUCCUCCCUCCUCGAGUCGGGGACGAUUCGAUCGAGGAAACGAUCCGACUGCUCUCGCAUUCGGGAACGACCCACGCCCAGACGCUCAUUACGGCCUUGUUCAACCAAACCGCCGAAGAUCGGAUCCGCAAGGAUUUCUCGUACGAUUUCUACGAUGGCGAAGGUGCCAAAGUCGACAAUGACCCUUAUGCUGAACUCGUGAGGGAUAAGCUGAGUCGGAUCUUUCGGCAAAAAGGUGCGGUCUCGAUGGACAGUCCACUGUUGAUGCCGCACUCUAAUAUCUAUGGUGCGAGGGAUCCUGUCCGGUUGCUCGACUCGGAUGGCACGGUCGCUUGCUUGCCAUUUCAUCUCAAUAUCCCGUUUUGUCGAAUGGUUGCGAGGGACACGUCACUCACUCGACUCAAGAGGUGGACUAUCGCACCUGUGUAUCGACAUACCAAGGCGGGAGGGGUAAGGCAUGCAAGAGCAGGUGGAUUUAUCUUGCAGAAGUUGACCCAGCUAAUUGAACAUCUGCCUCGGGUCUCACAGCAACCGCGCGCCGUCCUCAAUGCCGCCUUUGACAUCGUCACCGACGCCGUCACGGCCGCAACCGAAGCCGAGAUCCUGAUCGUCGUCGAAGAGAUUCUCGCCGCGUUCCCCCUUACGGGUCAGAAAGUUCACGUGCUCAACCAUUCCAAGCUCCUUGAUGCGGUCGUCGAUCGAGUACCCGAGAAGCAACGCGAGGCCGUGCUGGAGGUCUUGCAGCAGCAUGGACGGCUGCAGCGCUCUUGGGUUAAGACUUCGAGUGAAUUACUCAAGAUCCCAGGGGUAACCAAGUCAAUGUGCGAUGAGUUUGGGCUGUUGAACACGUCUGGUCAGUCAUCGAAGAUCCGUGCUUUUAGAGUGCACACCAUCUGAUCUUGUCUGUCAUCGUGAUUCGUUCGAGCAGGCACCCUCGCCGAGAUUCGAUCGCUCGUCGUCGCCUCGCCUCGACUCAAGCACGUCGUUCAAGAAGGGUUCGACGAAUUGCAAGAGAUCCUCAACUUUAGCCAACAGCUUGGGAUCAAGAACAUCAAGAUCUCGCCUCUCCUCGCGACCAAUUGGGACUUUCAUCGCGAUGGGGUGUUGUUCGAGACGCAUCACAUCCGGGGCAAGAUGCGAGAGGUCGUAGCAGCUGGUGGAAGGUGAGUAUGCUAUGCUGAUCUAGGGAGCGGAGAGAUAUCGUUCUCAUCUAGACGUUUGCCGUAUUGACAGAUUCGACGAGGUGGUAUCGCGACUUGCUGCGCCGGAGGUGCGAUACUCCGGUCGAGUGCCUCACGUCGUCGGUGUCUCCAUCUCGGUCGCCAAGCUCUCCCAAGCGGCGGCGGACGCGAAUGCGGCCGCGAGCAAGAGUUUGAUGAACCGACGCGACGAAUCGACACGAUCGUACGGCCCUUGGUCCGUGAGACGCUGCGACGUCUAUGUGGUUUCUUUCGUCGCGAACUUGAUCGAGGCAAGGUGGGACGUGGUCAAGGAUUUGUGGAAGGCGGGGAUCAAGGCCGAUCUAGUAAGCCCCGAGACACUUCUGCUACAUGGUGGUUCCCUCCCUGACGAGUGACCGCAUUUGGUAGAUGUACGACGACGACUUCCUCUCGCUCACACCCGAACAGCUGCAAAGUGCUUGUCGACGAGAGGGGGUGAUGUGGAUUGUCAUUGUCAAGCCAGGUCAAGCGGCGGCCGCGCAUGGGCGGCAUGCCCUCGACGACGCCGAACGCACACUCAAGGUCAAGAGUGUACUACGUGGCUACGAAGAAGAAGGCGAGUCCACCCCUGCGCAUGAAGCGAGAUGAACUGAAUAUCCGCUGACGACCCGUUUCGUUGCAUGCGUCGACGUUCUACAGUGCCUCGCUCAGAACUCACCUCCUUCCUGUCGAAGGAGAUGCGCGAACAACAAAUCGCCGACGAAUCGUCCAACGAGGCCUUUGACACCGUCGGGUCUUUGGCCGAACAAGCCAAGUCUUUGCAGAAUAUCUAUCCCAUCCUUGCGGAUGAAGACGUGAGGCAAAAAGGGAGAGCCAAGCAGAAGUCGAUGAUCGCUUCGAGGGCACAGAAAUCGGUGGAACAGGCGGCUCAGGCGGCCGCGGAGGCUCCUGUUUGUGAGUUGUGCAAGGUGGAGAGAGACUUUGGAGGACCAUCAGGCUGAAGUGCGAGAUGAGUAUAUACUCCUUUAGUUGCUGUCGACGUGGAUGGGCAAGCUUAUCGCAAGAUGUGCGAAUCGGCAGCAUGGGUCGAUGAGUAGGUCGCGGUCCUCACUUGGCCACCGCCGAGUGCCUGUCUUGACGAAUGCCUUCCCCACCCACAGCGACGAAGCGUAUCGAAGCGUCAUCCAACACGCUCCCAAUACGAAGCGAGUCUACAUCGCCUCAAUCCGACAACAAAUCCGCAAGCACAACGCCGCUUCGUCAACGCCGCUACCGAGCUUUUGGCUAGUGAGUCCUACCCCUUGAACCCCGAGGGUGAGAGCGGUCGAACUGAAUGGCUUCUUUAUCGUGCGUUGACAGUUCUCCUUACGGGAGGAUCGGAGUGUGUUGUUAACCUGUGAUGGUGUGUGA